UUAGCGCGGACGUCGGAGACGAGCCGCGGCCGCGUUUCGCCCCGAGGGAGCGCUUGGUUACCUGGGGAGGGAGACCCAGGGCGGCCGCGGCCGCGUUUCUGCGUUCUUCGUCCUGUGCGCUCUCGGUGUCCCCCACCAGGCAGGCUCAGCAUUGCUUCCUCAGCGUCCCAGGAGGGGCCGCGCCUGCCGGUGUCCCCGGCCCACGAGCGCCCGGCGUGGCGCCGCCGCGGGAGCGUGUGAGCUCCGUGGCCUGGCGCGUCUGUUAGCUCCUCCACUCGCUCGGGAGGCGCUCACCCCGCGCAGAUAGGAGCCGCGCUGGUACCCAGAGACACUCGUUCGUUCUGGUUGCCGUGAUACUGUCAUUAAGUGAAGGCCCAUACUAGGCGCGCGACGCCAGACUGAGUUGCAGAAGAUGGAGCGGAAGCCUUUGUAGAUUGAUGAGCGCAAGAUCCCCAGAACGAGAGAAACCAGUGGAGAAAAAGCAGCCUUUCUGUUCUCCAGCCCUUGGAGGAGAUGCCUGAAUUACUGCUUCAUACUGGCCGGCUCAGGCUGGGGGCCCUUUCUUGUUUCCGAGCCCUGACAAGCACGGGGACGCUCCUCUCUCCAUUCCCAGCUGGGAGAAGCAUCCCUGGGUCUGGAUGUCUCCGGCUACAGGAGUUGUUGGGUAUUUCCUGUAACUGUUGCCAUUACACCUACGUAUUUGUGGGCCUCCAUCACCGCCCGAAACGCGGAAAAGGCCAUGACGGCCUUAGCAAGAUUUCGCCAGGCUCAGCUGGAAGAGGGAAAAGUCAAGGAGCGAAGACCCUUCCUUGCCUCAGAGUGUACUGAGCUCCCCAAAGCUGAGAAAUGGAGGCGACAGAUCAUUGGAGAGAUCUCUAAAAAAGUGGCUCAAAUUCAGAAUGCUGGUUUAGGCGAAUUCCGGAUUCGUGACCUGAAUGAUGAAAUUAACAAGCUGCUGAGAGAGAAGGGACACUGGGAGGUCCGGAUCAAGGAGCUGGGCGGUCCCGAUUAUGGGAAAGUUGGCCCUAAAAUGCUGGAUCAUGAAGGGAAGGAAGUCCCAGGAAACCGAGGUUACAAGUACUUUGGAGCCGCGAAAGACUUGCCUGGUGUUAGAGAGCUGUUUGAAAAAGAGCCUCUUCCUCCUCCAAGAAAGACACGUGCUGAGCUCAUGAAGGCGAUUGAUUUUGAAUACUACGGUUACCUGGAUGAAGAUGAUGGUGUCAUCGUGCCCUUGGAACAGGAAUAUGAAAAGAAACUCAGAGCCCAGCUAGUGGAGAAGUGGAGAGCAGGGAGAGAGGCCCGGCUGGCGAGAGGGGAGGAGGAGGAGGAGGAGGAGGAGGAGGAGGUCAACAUCUACGCCGUCACCGAGGAGGAGUCUGACGAGGAGGGCGGCCAGGAGAAAGGCGGGGAGGACGGGCAGCAGAAGUUCAUCGCUCACGUCCCCGUGCCGUCGCAGCAGGAGAUUGAGGAGGCGCUCGUGCGGAGGAAGAAGAUGGAGCUCUUGCAGAAGUACGCGAGCGAGACCCUGCAGGCCCAGAGCGAGGAGGCCAAACGCCUGCUGGGGUAUUAGGGCUGAGCCAGGGCUGCACUGGGGGUCCCUCGUCCCUUGCUGCCCCGCAUGAACCCUCAGGGCUCUGCUGUUAGUGACUGCAGGUGGACAGCGGCCCUGCAAGGCCUUUUGCCCUGGGGAGGGUCUGCCCGCCUCCCAGGCCAGCCCUGCGUGCUGAGCAUGUCGGCGCCACCUUGUACCAGUCUUUUGCUGACAUGUGACCCCUCACUCCUGUCCUGAGUGUGUAGGACACGCCGCCCACUGGCCGCCUGCAAGCGUCCUGUGUGGCUUCCUCCUGUCACUGGGUGGGGAGGGCGAUCGGUUUAUGCCCACUGCUGGAAAAUGAAGUUUCUCCUAGAGGCACAUCUGUAACUCCUCUCGAGAAAUGAAAAGAUGUGUGAGCCCUGAGCCCGCAGCCCACUCGUCCCUGCUGGCGGAGCCCUGCCCCGCUGCCGCCUGGUGCCUUCCUGCCCGGGUGGCAGGAAUUUGCGUUUGCUACUUCUGUUGAUGACUGAUUUGCAGAGAGCUAUUUUUAUUAAAGAGUUUUGUAUGAAA